AUGGCCAUAUCAAAUGUUGGUUUGGACCUGAUAAGAAGCUUGAAAAGAUCAACAGUGCAUUGUCUCCCACCCUACGAAGAGGAGAAAGUUAGGCGAUGCAUAGACGAAAUGAAGCUCCUUUACGAAGCCAAUCGUCAAGAUGUUGUCGCACUUCGUCCCUCCCAGUCGUCUUCAUCGUGUGAAGAAAAUAACGAGAACUUGAUCCAAACUGUUCUUAUACGCCAUGCCGUUAUGGAAAGAAUAAAGCGGUGCCUACUAGCAUAUCAUCACGCCCGUCUCAUGAGGAUAAAAGAACUGCGUUGGCAAUACAAUGCUGUGAUUCCCAAAGAAAUUCGUCGGAACUUUUCACCCGAAGAGCUCAAAUGGUUCACUAACUACUGUUCAAGUCUGGCUACCUUCAUGCAGGCUGAUGCCAGUGAACGUGGUGGAGCCGGAGGCAUGGACCUGACUCAAUCCCUGAAACCACCCAAGUCUUUGGUUAUGGAGGUUCGCUGUCUUAAAGAUUAUGGCGAAUUCGAGACUGAGGAUGGAUGCCUCCUUAAUCUAACGAAGGGCAGCCAACACUUAAUGUUUCGCAGUGAUUGUGAAAAUCUUGUUCGACAGGGCAUUCUUCAGCAUAUUGAUGACUGA